AUGCAAGCCUUUUAUUUAUUCGUCGAUUUCAUCUCUCCUUGUGCUAUUCCUUUUGCAUUCAGUAUUGCUAUUUUCCUCUGUGGGUUAUAUUUAGUGCACAUCAUCGCAAUUUCAUAUGCAAAAUACCGCUUGCACCGGCCGAUUGUAAUGAGAAAUGAUACUGAUGGAGUGUCAAUCAUCAAGCCGCUGGUAGGCUGUGAUGAAAAUUUAUUUUAUAAUCUCGAGAGUUUCUUUAAAUUGAAAUAUCACUGCUAUGAAUUGUUGUUUUGUUUACAUGAUGAUAAUGACCCUGCUCAAAAAGUUGUUGAAGCUCUCAUGGUGAAGUAUCCGUAUAUUGAUGCGCGGCUUUUUUGUGGUGGAGAAAACAUUGGAUUAAAUCCAAAGAUAGAUAAUAUGAUGCCUGCUUAUCGCGCUUCAAAAUAUCCUUUAAUUUUGAUUAGCGACAGCGGAAUCUACAUGCGUGAGGAUGCAUUAAUGGAUAUGGUAAAUGCUAUGCGGGAUGAUGUAGCACUUGUCACACAGAUGCCUUUUUGUACUGAUAGACUUGGUUUUGGUGCCAAUCUUGAGAAGGCAAUUUUUUCUUCUGUAUAUUUUGGCACGGGUCAUGCGCGUAUAUAUUUGGCUGGUAAUUGCUUACGUUUUAUUUGUUCUACGGGAAUGUCAUCUUUGAUGAGAAAAUGUGCCCUAGAAGAAGCAGGUGGCAUGCAAAAUUUUAGUAAUUAUUUAGCCGAGGAUUAUUUUUUCGGUGUUGCAUUUGCUAAAAGAGGAUGGAAAAUUACUAUUGCUGGUCUUCCAGCUAUGCAGAAUGCAGCAAAACCGGAUCCCAGCACUUUCCAUGAUCGCAUUUGCAGAUGGAUAAAAUUACGUGUGGCGAUGCUGCCUCAUACAAUAUUAAUUGAACCGUUACAAGACUGUUUCCUAUCUGGUGUACUGGGAUGCUGCGCACUUCUUAUCCUUCUACCCUGUUCACCUAUUUAUACUCUGUAUUACUUUAUUCUUCACUUUGUUUACUGGAUCUCUUGCGAUUACACCUUAAUUCAUCUUGUUCAGAACGGGCCUCUUCCAUUUUCAUUUUCACAAUUCCUGAUUGUUUGGCUCUAUCGUGAAGGGUUGUCGUUUCCUACUUGGUGUCGUGCAGUACUCAACCCAAACAUCAAGUGGCGAAGAGGCAGUUUCCGACUUCUUUGGGGAGGUCGAAUCGCGCCGCCAACACGUUUGCCCAGAAAAAUUAACAGUCGUUGA